UUUUUUUUUUUUUCUAUACUACUCUGUAAUUAGUAUUGCGCUCACACACACAGAGAAAGCGAAGAACUGCUGGAAAAGGCGUCCACUGGCCAGGAAGUGUCCCGUCGCCAUGUGGAGUUAUUCCGCCCUUGUUAAGGUUUUUUAGUUUUUCGCCCAGUCUGUGUUCCAGGGUCGACUACAAAGACAUGCGCUCGCCGUCCUGUGGUUCUUGCGCCGACCCCUCUCUGCCUACAUCAACUUCAACCUCACCAUCUCCUUCACCCUCAACUCCCCUCCUAGCAUCGCUCUGCAGAGUGCGCAUCACACCGCUUUGUGGAUUAUGUGCUUGGCCUCGACCCUGCCGGCAUAGUCUAGUCUACAUCUGAAAACCUCGUCGCUAUGCCAGGCCGUCUCCUGUCGAGCUUCGUCCGCUCGUCCUCACCACAUGCCAGCUUUCCCACCUCACGCUCCUCCUCCACCACCUCGGUGAACGAAAUGUCUGCCUCGGGCGCCUCCUCCAAGAGAAACUCCUGGUCGCUCGUGUCGGAUGGACACGAGACCCCGGAGCGUCGCCUCUCGGCUGCUGUCGAGCACAUUAUCCAUCCGAAUAAAGACAAACGUUUCAGCCUGGGCCGGUCCUCCCGCUCAAAGGAGCGCCAUUCCUCGAAGGAUUCCGCUCGUGCUUCUCCAGCAACACUCAAUGUCGUGAUUGAGUCUCCUCCUCUCGUCUUCUAUGGCACCCCCGCCAAUUCCACCGGCGCUCUGUUCUCGGGCCGCCUGCGUAUCACAGUGCCAGAUGCGCUUGGGUCUGUCACAUUGAAAGCAUUCACCGUCGAUCUCACGAAGACUUUCACCACCAAGAAACCCAUCACUCGCGACUGCGGCAACUGCUGCGUUCACAAAGAAGAGUUGAAAAGAUGGGACUUCCUAGCUGAAAAAACCACUCUGAACAAAGGUGAUCACGACUACCCUUUCAGCUACCUGCUCCCUGGAGACUUGCCAGCCAGUGCUUCAGGAACCCUAGGCGCGAUCGAGUACUUCCUCACCGCUCGAGCCGUCGCCACGAAUGGAGAAGAGCUGGUGAAGAGAAUUCCACUGACGAUCAACCGCUCGAUCUUGCCGGGCAACGAACGCUCGUCUCUUCGCAUCUUUCCUCCAACCAAACUGACCGGCCGCGUUGUCUUGCCUUCGGUGGUUCACCCUAUCGGUGCCUUCCCCGUGCAGAUGAAUUUGAGCGGCGUGGUAGAGAAAGGUGAAGAGAGUCAGACUCGGUGGAGACUGCGGAAGAUGAUGUGGCGCAUUGAAGAAAAUCAAAAGGUGGUUUCCAGUGCCUGUUCAAAGCAUGCCCACAAGGUCGGUGGCGAAGGAAAAGGCGUCCUGCACCAAGAGACGCGCGUCAUCGGUCACAAUGAAGAGAAGACUGGCUGGAAAACCGACUUUGAUACGGCAGGCGGCGAAAUUAACAUGGAGUUUCUGGCCAACAUCAAACCUGGAAGCAACCCAGUGUGCGAUCUCGACGUCAAGGGCUGUCUAGAAGUCAAGCACAAUCUCGUGAUCGAGCUCAUCGUUGCCGAGGAAUUCUGCCCCAACAGAAACACCAAACUUGUGACACCAACCGGCGCAGCCCGCGUUUUGCGCAUGCAAUUCAACCUGCUCGUCACCGAGCGGGGUGGACUCGGCAUUAGCUGGGAUGAAGAAAUGCCUCCAGUUUACAACGACGUCCCAGCGAGUCCUCCUGGAUAUGCGACGCUCAGCGGAACCUGUGCUAUGGAGGACUACAAUGGGUCCCCAUUACCGACACUGCCUGACUACGAAGAAUUGGAGCGAUUGGAUUACUUUGAUCAUCCUGAGGCUAGCUCCGAGACUCGGCUCUCCGAAGUUAGUCGGCAGUUGUCUCGAUUAACGGCAGACGAUUUUAUUGCCGAGCCGGUUGCUGCGGCAGCACAUCGCGGCCGGGCUGAUCCCGAAACUCCUGAACCAGAGGCCGCAGAAGCCGUUGAGACUAGGGAUAUUCAAUGAUCUAGACGGCCUACUUCAGACACGAACACGACGUUACGACUAGACUUUAUACCUUUAAUACAUUCGGGUACACAGUACCGUGAUGAGAUUUGAUCAUGACGAAGACUAAAAGAAAACGAGCAGUUGACACUUUACUUAAUAUUACCCAGGGGGGCUUUUUUAUUUUGUCAGUUUUUUAUCAUUUGUAUAUAUUUUGGCGUUGUGAAUUGGGUGGUUUGAUUCGAUCUACGGGAAUGUCAUCGGCCUUGAUGUGCGGACAGAUAAGAUACCCAUGGAGUAUAGCCAAUUAAUAUUUAUUAAUCAUCAUCA